AUGGACCUCAAACUAGGUGGGACCGGGGUCAUGCUCAAUGGGAGUCCAUCUGCUACAAAGCCAGGCAGCUGUGUGGGGCACCGGGUGUGGAUUCUGCUGGCAAUGACCCACCUCACUCUGGACUUCUCUGUCUGCAGCCCCCUCAGUCAGGGUCUUGGGAUCAAACUCACCCCUAAACCGGUGCCUCGCUCACGACCUCGCUGGCAGCUUCUCUGGGACAUGCCCAACAAGCUUCACUGGAGAACAGUAAGCCCAUUGGCUCGCCGCCUCCUGAACUCUAUUCCUCCACCCCAAGACACCAGGGCAGGUGCAGGUCCAAAAGUGAAGGGUCAAGUGCACUGGAAGCCAGCGUGUAAGGAGUGCCAGUUGAGAUACUCUCCAAAGGAGACAAGUAAUCCUUUGGCUGUACAAGCUGGUUCUCCAGCAGCUUUAUCCAGCGGGAGUACAGGAGACACCAUGAGGUUGUUACUCAGAGUGAGGAGGCAGCUCAAAUGGGAAAACGACAAGUCUCAGGAGGGCCGGACUACAACAGUGGCUGGAUUUAUCGACUGGGGACCCACAGGAACAGAUAGCGUAGAUGACGAUAGCAAACUAGAGUCCAACGCAACACUGUCCACCAAGGUCUCAACUACUUCAGUGGCACCAACCACUAGCACUUCAACCAGGCUCUCCCAAAGGACGUUUACUGUGGUGACAACACCUGAGCCUAAGAGGCUGAGCACCACCAAGGCCACUGUCAGCUUCGGGGAAACUAUCAAACCACCAAAGCCAUAUGGGGAGACAUCAGGUUUGGCAGUUCACCAGAUAAUCACAAUCACUGUGUCUCUCAUUAUGGUUAUCGCAGCCUUGAUCACAACACUCGUCCUUAAAAACUGCUGUGCGCAGUCAGGAAAUGGCCGCCACAAUAGCCAUCAGCGCAAGAUCCACCAGCAGGAAGAAAGUUGCCAAAACCUGACGGACUUCACCCCAGCUCGGGUUCCCAGCAAGGUGGACAUAUUCACUGCCUACAAUGAAAGCCUACAGUGCUCACAUGAGUGCGUUCGGACUGCCGUGCCGAUUUACACUGAUGAGAUGAUCCAGCAGACACCUGUGUACAAAACCUCUUACAACGGAAACAGGCCUUCCCCCACUGAAAGACAACUGAUUCCUGUGGCCUUUGUGUCAGAGAAGUGGUUUGAGAUCUCAUGUUGACGAGCCAAAGGCCUUGUUGACUUCCUGUGGGUGGAGGAGACUUCCUCUUGUCACAUUCUGGAUCCGGUUGGAAACAAGAAACACACAAAACAACGUCUUUUGUAAAAUAGUUUGAUCACUCUUUGGACACUGGUUAAGAUAUUUAUUUUUUUAGAGAUGACAAGCUGAGCAGCCACAUCGCUGCCACUCCAUAUUUCCAGGAACGUACAGUCAUUUAGUUAUAGAUUAUAUAUAGCUAUAUUUACAGGAUGAGGGGGACAAGACUGUGGACUUCAAGUAGGUCUCAAGAAACAAACACUUGACAUUUGAAAGAGGAAUCCACGGAGCUACUGUGAGUGGAAGAUGAACUGUAUUUCUGAACAAUGUGCCAAUAAUGCCACUAUGUGCCACAACAUGGAUAGCAGGAAGAUACAACCACAACUUAUGGACUAUAUGAGUGCUAUAUUAACCCUGUAUCAACUUCAACUACAUAUUUUUCUUUGUUUUUUUAAGAAAUGUGAAAGAUAAAAAUGUGACAAUGUAUUUGAAUAUGUUUUGAAAUAGUUUGAAGAAAUGUGCUACAAAAGAGUGUAAAGAUAUUUAUAUCCAGCACUAUUCUAU